UAGUCAGACCUGCGUCAUGAAUGUUGAGUCAGCGAGCGCCGGGGAUACACGUGAUUGUCCAUUCCACACCCUCUCACAAAGGUGAAGUCUUCGGUAGUUGCGCCAACUUUCUCCUCUGUGGUUUGAUUGCUCAUAGGGUUGGGUUUCUUAGGAGGCGUUAUAGAAUCGUGCCGUUAGCUGUCUGACUAGGCAGGUGACCAGCCUCUCUAGAGGUCAUAGAGAAACUGUCAGCAUGUCUUCCACGGCCCAGGAGACUUUCCAGAACGGACCCCGAUCACAGUUUCUCGAUCCUUCCAUCAACACCCUUAAUCCCCAAUCAUCCGUGUCUGGUCUACAGCCUCUGCCCUCGUUUUCACCGAAGCAGAGGAGGUACACUGUAGAUCGACAAACGGCGACCACUUCAUCCCCGAGAGCCGAUUUAACAUCUAUUAAGCCGCUGUUAGCAAUCCCGGAAUCUCCAAAGGCAACAACAUCCGGAGAUCCAGUGCCGGCGUCUUUCUUGACAUCUUUUGUCCAUUCCUCUGCACCUCUACUCCCACCUUCCAACAGUUUCCCCCAUUCUCUAUACACACUCCCCAAAAGUGUAGAAGUUCAAUGUAAGGCUCGCACGCGCGUACCAACUCCUCAUGGACCUGUCUUCCUCCACAUUUAUCACAACAACUUGGACUCGAAAGAACAUCUCGCAAUAGUCAUAGAUCCGGAACAAUUAGAUUCAGAUCUCCCAUCCCAAUACUCGAUCCGGAGUAAAAGCCUAGAUGCCGUGUGGAAUGAGCGCGAAACAGACAUGGACAGGCUUGUACGUGGGGCUUACAUCGGCCGACUUUCAUCCACCCGAAAGGUGCCCUCUGCUCCCUUCGAGCCUAUCCUAAAUUCUACGUCCUCAUCCUCCAUCCCUCCAAUCGUUCGAAUCCACUCAGAGUGCUAUACUGGCGAAACGAUUGGAAGCAUGCGCUGUGACUGUGGGGAGCAACUAGAUGAAGCUAUUCGAUGUAUAUCUAAGCCUCAACUCGUCCCUUCUCUUCUUCUCCUUCGGAACCAAUCGUACAUCAUGCCCGAGGUGCGGUCAUUUACAUGCGACAAGAAGGUCGAGGAAUCGGGCUGUUGGAGAAGAUACGAGCGUACAAUCUCCAGGAUAUGGGAUAUGACACUGUGCAAGCCAACUUACUGCUUGGACAUGGUGCUGACGAACGGGGUAUGAAAUUGCCGCUGCCAUUAUGCGCGAUCUUGGAUUAGGCACAGAUGAGAGGGGCGUUCGAAUUCUCACAAACAAUCCGGAUAAGAUGGAAGCCCUACGCAGGAAAGUAUUGUCAUCAAGGACCGGCUACCUAUGAUUCCGCGCACAUGGACCGAUCAUACGGGACUAGGGCUUGGCGCGGGGCCGAAAGCGAGACGGGGAUCAAUGAAUAGCGCAAGCGGUGGCGGUCCACGGAGGGCGCUGGGUGCUACCAUGAUUGGGGGAGGAGCUGCGACGGGAAUCGAUUUGGAGAGAUACUUGAGGACUAAAGUGGAGAAGAUGGGGCAUUUGCUAGAGUUACCAACGCACGCAAACCCAGGUCCUCCAGAUGUGGAGUUGGUGGUGCCGGAUCCGGGCGGGAUGCAGCAGAAUUCUUCGGUGCUCGUAGAAUGGCUGACGCCUGCUACUGGGCCGAUCCCG